CACACACACACACACACACACACACAUCGGCUGAGGAGGAGAGUGGAACACACACACGCAUCGGUUGAAGAAGACAGAAGGGGAGAGACGAGUGAAGUGGAGGUGUGUGUGUGUGUGUAUGUGUGUGUGUGCGCGCAUCUGGAGUCCCGAGGACCGUACCAGCGGAGCAGGCGUACUUGUGCCGUCCUGUGGAACACUGACAAGCACUCUGGACGGAACACUGACCGGCGUUCUGGACAGAACACUGACGCACGCUCUGGACGGAACACUGACCAGCGCUCUGGACGGAGCACUGACGCACGCUCUGGACGGAACACUGACGCACGCUCUGGACGUUCAGCGGAACGCAGACAUGAGCGGCUGUAGGAGGAAAUGCAAGAGGGAGAUCCUCAAGUUCGCCCAGUACUUCUUCAGACUGGUCACUGGGACACUACACGCAGACAGCGUGGAGGAUGAGCUGGAGUUUGCGUUGGUACGCCACCGCCCAGAGGGACUGGAGCAGCUGGAGGCUCAGACGCGCUUCUCACGCAAAGAGCUGCAGAUCCUCUACAGGGGCUUUAAAAAUGAGUGUCCCAGCGGCGUAGUCAACGAAGACACGUUUAAAGACAUCUACUCACAGUUCUUUCCUCAAGGAGAUGCCUCCAUGUAUGCGCACUUCCUCUUUAAUGCCUUUGACUCGGAUCACAAUGGCUGUGUGAGCUUUGAGGACUUUGUCUUGGGCCUGUCUGUACUCCUGCGUGGUUCGGUCCAAGAGAAACUCAACUGGGCUUUCAACCUGUACGACAUCAACAAGGACGGCUACAUCACUAAAGAGGAGAUGCUGGACAUCAUGAGGGCCAUCUAUGACAUGAUGGGGAAGUGGACGUACCCCCUGCUCAAGGAGGAGACCCCCAGGCAGCACGUGGACAUAUUCUUCCAGAAAAUGGACAAGAACCGUGACGGCGUGGUGACCAUCGAUGAGUUUAUCGACUGCUGCCAAAACGAUGAGAACAUCAUGAAGUCGAUGCAGCUCUUUGAAAACGUCAUUUAGAUCCUCAUGGACAUAAACCUGCAGUGGCUGGAAUGCCUGGACACACACACACACACACACACACACACACAAAUACACACACACACACAAAUACAAACACACUCUCACACUCAACACGCACACACACACAGACUCACACACACACACAGACCCACAUACAGACUCACCCACACUCACACAUUCCCCAUCCUCAUGGACAUAAAACUGCAGUGGCUGGAACCCCUGGACAAAACACACCUGGAAACUAUGCACACACACACACACUCAUACACACUCAUACAGACACCCACACACAUACAGACACACACACUCACUCACACAGACACCCACACACACACACUCACACUCAUAGAGACUGUCAAGAGUAGGUGUGUCGGGCGGUUGUGAGGUAGAUGGAACAGCACUCAGAAAUUCAAGGUGGAAGAUGGGAUUUUAUUAAUCCCCAAAAUAAGGCCAACAUAAGGCAAUGAUAACAUAAGUUAAUGUGAAUAAAGCACUAAGGAAAAAUAAAAUACUUCUCAAUAAAGAAAGAAAAACAAAAGACUUGAUAGUCAAAACAAUACAAUAUACAAAAAUAUUCGAAUAAUAAGAUGAGCGCAAUGGACUAUACAGCUAGUCACUUGGGCUACACACAUGAGACGAGCUCUCAAGACUUACGCCUAUUCAAAUGGCAGUUCUCCCCCCCAAGCACCUGCAGGCAUGGCUUUAAAUAGGGCCUGAUUGCACUCCUGUAAUUGGAUCAAACCAAUGCAUCAUAGCAGCACAGGGGUGUAUCAGGAUACCCACAGAAACAAGCUAAUACAGCCAAUAAUCAGUCCCUCCAGGAAUUUGCGAUGUUGCGAUCGUAACAAUUAACGCAAAUUCAGCAAAUCCUUGUGAAUUCUGGGCGACCUCGCAAUUUUGUCCAAACACUGCAACUUUUUCGCAAAUUUGACAAAUCAUGGUUUC